AUGUGGGCUCUCCGUGUCAGUAGUUUGGCCCGUGCGGCUUUCUGUUCUCGGAGUGGUAACUCUGCAGGGCUCUCUUCUGUUCCGCCAUUUCAGGAGGAUGGACGCGGCAGGAAAAAAGUAACUUUGGAGUUGCUGGAUCAUCUGGAGCGUCUUGCACUUGUUGAUUUCCGCAAUCAGGAGGGUGUGGAACGUUUGGAGAAAGCAAUCGAAUUUGCCGAUCAACUUCUUUCCAUUAACACGGAUGGUGUGGAGCCAAUGGACUCAGUACUGGAGGACAGGUGUUUGUAUCUCAGGGAAGAUAAUGUCACAGAAGGCAACUUUGCAGAGGAGCUACUGAAGAAUGCCAAUCAGACACUGGAAGAGUAUUUCAUAGCUCCACCAGGGAACAUCCCAUUACCAAAGUUAGAAGACCGAGACACUUUCCUGCAGAAGAAAAAGCCCUCAGCAGACAUGCUACCACUGACUUUUUAGACUCUGGAGUCCAAUGCAGCUGCAUCCAGGAUUAAAUCUUUCAAGUCUCCUGUACAACCUUCUGUGAAAGGAUGGACUGCCUUGUCUGAGGACUAUUAACUCUUGCAAACAAUUUCUGAACAUCCCAUGUAUACUUACAGCUCCCACUCAAGGCAGAUAUGCAAUAUCCACUGUAAAAAGCUUGUCAAUUUCCAUUAGGGUGAGUGUGUACCUACCACUGUGUUGGAUUGUGGUCAAAAACAUUUUAAAAACCCUCACCCACACAAAAAAGCAUUCAUUGGGAAGGGAGAUGGUACAAAAAGGGGGGAAAUCACACUGAGGCAACCUGCACACAAAACUUUGAAAAAACAAUUGUGAGCACACUUGCCAAUAUUCACUAUUAUGCUUUCUGCCAAGUAGGUGGAAAGAAAUGAGGAGCAGCAGCCUUCAAUGUACAUAAGUAUGGAGUCAGAGGUAGAGAGUAUUUUGGAAAUAAAAAGUUGCCUUAUUAAUAUCCAGCACUGUCAGUCAACACCGGAAGAGGGGAGUAAAAACAUACGCAAUACUCCCCCCACCCAAACCAAAACAUGCAUUGGAACAGUUCAGUUCUUUAAGUGAGAAGAAGCUAUACAUAUAGUCCUCAGUGGUGUCAGUGCUGGUCCACAGGUGUUUUAUAUGAGGUGUAAAUGUUUUAUUUUAAAAUAUACAGUAUUUUCUCAUAUACUAAAUAUGUGUUAACAUAUGAAGUGCACGAUAAACAAAGCACGUUUUGUUGUCCACUGUAAUACAGUUGUUUGGGAAGUAUUGUUGCCAGAGGCGCUGCCUUUUA